AUGGAUCUUAGCUCUCCAAUCAUCUGCCUCCUUCUACAUUCACUUGUUUUUGUUUCUUUGUUUUAUUCAAAUAAUUCUCUAGAAACAAGAAAUUCAUUAGUGAAUCAAACUUUUCAAUCAGAGGAUGAACUUUUUAAGCAACUCAACAAACCCGCAGUUAAGACAAUUCAGAGUCCUGAUGGUGAUAUCAUAGAUUGUGUUUUGACACAUCAACAACCAGCUUUUGAUCAUCCUUUAUUAAAAGGACAAAAACCAAUGGAUCCACCAGAAAUGCCAAAGGCGAAUAAUCAGAUUAAUAAUUUCAGUGAAAGUAUUCAAGUAUGGAGUUUAUCAGGUGAAUCUUGUCCAGAUGGAACAAUUCCAAUAAGAAGAAUAACAGAACAUGAUUUGCUAAGAGCUAGGUCUGAUACUAGAUUUGGAAGAAAAUUUCCCAUCAGCAGCAAUGAUCACCGAUAUGCAAUUCAGUAUGUGCAGAAUGGAGAGUUCUAUGGAGCAAAGGCUACUAUGAAUGUGUGGAAUCCAACCGGAGAAAGUCGAAGUUUAUUCAGCUUAGCUCAAAUGUGGAUAAUUUCGGGUACAUAUGGAAAAGACCUCAACACCAUUGAAACUGGUUGGCAGGUACAUCCGAAUCUGUAUGGAGACCGCCGCACUAGAUUUUUCAUUUUUUGGACUGCUGAUGCAUAUCAACAUACUGGUUGCUACAACUUAAAGUGCCCAGGCUUUGUUCAAACCAACAAAGAUAUUGCAUUUGGAGCUGCAAUUUCUCCUAUUUCUACCUAUAAUGGAAAUCAAUUUGAAAUUUCCUUAUCUGUAUGGAAGGAUGUAAAGACAGGAAAUUGGUGGCUUCGUUAUGGAGAUAAGACCCUUGGAUAUUGGCCAUCUUCCUUAUUUACAAACCUGAAGAAUGCUGCGUCUAUGGUUCAUUGGGGUGGAGAAAUAUUUAAUGAACAAUAUCAACAAGCUUCUUCCACCCAAAUGGGCAGUGGACACUUUCCUGAAGAGGGUUAUAAAAAAGCUUCAUAUUUUAACCAAAUUAAUGUUUUAGAUUCAAAGAGAAUCUGGGUUAAGCCAAGAAAUCCCCAGAAUUAUGUUGAUAGCCCAAAUUGUUAUAAUGUAAAAGGAGGAGUUGACAGUAGCUGGGGGACUUACUUUUUCUAUGGUGGACCGGGCAGGAAUAAGAAUUGUCUCUAA